GCAGACACAUUGGUUAUCAACCUGCGUUCCUCGGCGCUCAACAGUAGACGUCUAUUCCUGCUUGCGGGCGGUCACCAAAGCGUGUCCCUUUUUUUUCGCUCUAGGACCCAGAGGAAUAAUUGGCAAGAAAGGACAGUUUGCUAUUUGAAUGAUGAAAAAAAAUCCCCUUGGUUAUGUGAGGAGAACCGAAGAGAAAGCAGUCACCUGCUGGUGGAGGACAGUAAAACAAGAUAACAGGAAAUCUCAGCACUGCCAGAGAAUUCACCUUCUUUUCCCGUCAACUCUCUCUCAACGUGUUUUUCUAGGAGAAGCUAUUUUCUCUGACUUUACUCAUUGAGGAGCCGAACUCAGAUGUACAGUAAUUCCCGUAGCGUUAUGGCAUAGUGUUAUAUGCACUGCCGGCGUCUUGUUUUGCGAGAGAACGCUUUGAUUUCGGGCUUCGGACUUAAGCAGAUCAGAAUCUUUUGAUAUAUAAAUGAGCGAGAUUCUCCGGGGCUGUUAUUGCGGUCGCUGCAAAUUGAACACAUUUCUUAAAUUUGCCGCAUGAAGCUGUUCAAGGAACUGGUUUUCUGAGGAUGCAGCAAUUUGCUAACCGCUAGCUUUUUUUCUGGGGAUCCGAUACUCUCACACGUUAGGGAUUCCCGUUUAUGCUUUUAUUUUUUUAUUUGGUUGGCGAGUCGGCUGUUUGAGAUAAAGAUACUCUACAUUCCAGCUGCCAAGAAGUUCAACUGAAUUGGCAUUAUUAUUGUUUUAUUUUUUAUCCAGAAGAGGUGUGAUCUGUGGGAAUGAGACUGUGGAAGGCUGCCGGUGGUAGGGGGAUUGGGUUGAGUUUAGGUCGGGAACUACAAGUCUAGAUUCCGAAACUUUGCUUUGAUAUAUUUUAUUAUCCACGUCCCCGUUAUGGAUCGGUCAACUUCCUUGGACAUUGAAGCUCUGAAGAUGACCCAGGAGCAGUACAUCUUGGCUGCGCAACCUAACAACCUUCAGAGGCCGGGAUGUGCCACCGUUUAUCCCGUGGGAAUAUACGGCUGGAGAAAGAGAUGCCUGUACUUCUUCAUCCUCCUGCUGCUAGUCGUAAUGAUUGUAAAUCUGGCGUUGACCAUAUGGAUCUUGAAGGUCAUGAAUUUCACAGUGGAAGGAAUGGGCAAUCUUCGAGUAAACAAAGAAGGAAUAAGACUGGAAGGCAUAUCUGAAUUUCUCCUCCCCCUGUAUGUUAAAGAGAUACAGUCAAGAAAGGACAGUCCACUAAUCUUGCAGUCUGAUAGGAAUGUGACCUUGAACGCCAGAAAUGACCUUGGGCAGCUAACAGGACAGCUUACUGUGGGAUCGGAGAUGGUGGAAGCACAAUGCCAGCGGUUCGAGGUGCGGAGCAGCGAUGGAGAAAGGGUGCUAUUUUCGGCCGACGAAGAGGAGGUCACCGUCGGCACAGAGAAACUCAGAGUGACAGGUACCGAAGGCGCCAUCUUUGAGCACUCUGUCGAAACGCCUCACAUUCGAGCGGAGCCAUUUCAGGAUCUAAAGCUUGAAUCUCCGACGCGGACGCUCACAAUGGAGGGGCCCAAAGGGGUGGAGAUAAGCGCGGACGCUGGGGAGCUCAAGGCUUCCUGUCGAAAAGACCUGCUGCUCCAGUCCACAGAGGGAGAGAUAUUUUUGAAUGCAAACACAAUCCGACUGGGGAACCUUCCUCUCGGCACCGCCGCCACCCCGUCUCACGGGUCGCCCGUCUCGAAACAGACUGUCUACGAGCUGUGCGUCUGCCCCAGCGGGAAGCUGUACCUCUCCCCGGCCGAGGCCAGCUCCACGUGCCACUCCACCAGCAGCGUCUGCCUCUGGAGCUGAAAGCGGGCCCGGGCCCUCGCACCAGAACUGCCUUGGGUUUCGACGUUCUCCCCCCCCCCGACCUCCCUCCCCAUUCCCUCCGCUUUUCCUCCCUUCCCUGCCGGAACGUCGGGAAUCACGGAAGGCAUUCCUUUCCGGGGGGGGGGGGGGGGGGGCAAAUCCAGCGAGGGAGUUGUUAUUAACGAUGCCUUUUCAUUUUUUGUAGACUUGAAAGAGAAAGGCAUGCGUGAGGUAUGUGCCGGAUGAAUCAAAGGGGAGUGCACGUGACAAGUCUGGGAUCAAAUAUAUUUUCUAGGAAAUUGAAACCAAUACACAGGUGCCUUUGCUAUUGUCAGUAAAGCACAUGAUUUGCAACAUUCUUGAGAUCGCCGGGACAUCGUUCACAAACAAAAUCUGUUUCCCUCGAAUAAAAUCAAAAGACUUCUAAUACAGUAUGCAUUUCUCUACUGUUUUACUAAAAGCACAAAUUAUGCCAUGUAUAAAAUCUCCAAAUAAUAAUAAAAUACAGUUUUUAAAGA